AUUUAUAGGCUCCCAUUUUAUUUAUAGGCUCCCAGCUGCCGCUAAAAGCGAUAGCUGGAGAAGAAGAAGCUGAGGAAUCGAGGAUCGAGCGAACGAGCGAGCAGGCAGGAGGGAAGAAGACUAAGAGCCAGUACUCUUGUGUUGGAGGAGUGAUGAUUAGCUCGUGUCGCAUGGGGAAGCAGGAGAGCAACAACAACGGCGGCAACAACAUGGAGGAGGACGCGCCGGCCGCGGCGACGGCGGCGAAGGAGAACGGCCGUGGUGCCGUGGACCCGCGCCUCCAGGGCAUCUCGGAUGCCAUCCGCGUCGUCCCCCACUUCCCCAAGCCAGGGAUCAUGUUCAACGACAUCACGGAGCUGCUGCUGCGGCCGGGCGUGUUCAAGGACGCCGUGGACAUGUUCGUCGAGCGCUACCGCGGCAUGGGCAUCGCGGCCGUCGCAGGUAUUGAAGCUAGAGGAUUCAUCUUUGGCCCAGCCAUCGCGCUAGCCAUCGGAGCAAAGUUCAUACCGUUGCGUAAACCAAAGAAGCUCCCAGGUGAGGUAAUUUCUGAGGCUUAUGUACUUGAGUAUGGGACGGAUUGUUUGGAGAUGCAUGUCGGAGCUAUUGAACCGGGCGAGCAUGUCGUAGUUGUUGAUGAUUUGGUUGCAACUGGUGGAACCCUUUCUGCUGCUAUAAGACUUCUUGAACGUGCUGGAGCUGAGGUGGUUGAAUGUGCAUGCCUCAUUGGGCUUCCCAAGUUUAAGGAUCUCUACAAGCUCAAUGGCAAGCCAGUCUAUAUACUGGUGGAGUCCCGGAAAUAGGAUGCAGAAAGUAAUGACCAGGCAGAAAAGCUCACAGUCACAGCUUCAUUCCUUUGCAAGCGCUCAGUGGAUGGGUAUUUGCUAGCUCUGCAGCACACUGUUAAGGCUAGCUGCUAUGCAUCUGCAUGGAGAGGGUAAGAUCACUAAGAUGGAUGGAACUUAGGCUUCGUAGCACGUCUAGUUUCUUAGCAGCAAAGGCUCAGGAGAGUAUGUAGUUCUUCCUGCUGGGAACAUCAGUUUCAGCCAGAGAAGAAGAAUCAUCGCGUUGUGCCUGAACUUCAUCGUGUUGUGCCUGAACUUCACCCUGUUUCUUUUCACAUGUUGGUUCAAUCUCUGGCGAAAAGCCAAUGCCUUUUA